GGACAAAUAUGGCGAUUUAGGAUGUCAGUGUGUUUUGUCCGUUUGUUGUUUUGGAACUGAUCAGAUAUAAACCAUGUAUGGUGGAGGUGUUGGCAAACAAGAGAAUUCUAAAUUCCCAUUUCUUUGGGAUUUGACCACUCCCGAAUUAGAGAGGAUUCUCAGUAACGAAGAUGCUUUGAAUGAUUUGGUCAAAAACAAUGAAGAAGUGAGGUCCGUGCAAUUGCAGCGAGAGACGUUACUAGCGACAAAUCGCAGUCUAGCGGAGCACAACUUGUCAAGAGAACCAAGACUACGAAGCGGUAAAGGACGACUAGCUAGUUUGUACACUCAGUCAACGAAACUACGAAGUCAGUACGAGAGAGAUAAACAACAACUUGACGCUAUGGCCUCACAGAAUUCUCUGGAUACCAUCCUUGUUAUGUUAAGAUCAGCUGCUGGCAGUUGUGAAGAUGAUGCUGAAAGAAUUGCUGACAAUUUCCUCGAAGGCAACCUUGGAGCUAAAACGUUCAUUGAACAGUAUAUUGCAAAGCGAAAAGAAGCGCAUAUACGGCGGAUUAACGCUGAGAAGAUGAUGGAGAUAAGAAACCAGAAACAAACACAGCAGCAAGUGUGUCCUCCUUCAGCGCAAAGUUACACACCAUUUGCGUAUGGAAGUGGCCAUAAUACCCCUUAUCCAGUCGGCAGUGGAUACAUGCCUAUGCCAUCUUUGUAGGAGAAAGACUGCAUAAUAAUUAUCCCCCAUGGCAGUAGCAAUAAUUCAAAAGUAUUAGUUGAAACAAAGUUUUUAAAGAUGGAGAGAGGGGUGAUAUUUUGUGAGCUUAUUCAGCACAAACGCUGAAGAAAACCAUUAAGAUAGUUACCGGUACACAUAAUUAUGUACCAGGUUAGUAUAUAUACCGUACUAAUGACUAAAACCAAGUUGCUACUAGACAAAGUACACACACAUGCAGAUAUAGCAUUAAGAAGCUUCCAUAAUGUUAACAAAGUUAGCCUGCAAUUUACAUGAACUUUUAAUUUCGUUAUGAGAUAAAUAUUGAAUAGUAUGUUUGCUUAGAUUGGAAAAUGACUAAUUUUUUUAGACCAAGUAGGUAAUCAGAGAAAUUGUUUCAUCAAUAAGUUUCUUAUACUUGCAUUUUGAUUUAUUCAUUAUGGCAUGUUAUAAACUAGAGACUGAGUAGAAGUCAUAUUUUUUAGCUGGAAAUCGAUACUUAUUUCUCUGCAAAUGAGGGCUUCAUUUAAUUUUAUGUGACUGUUAUUACUGAAAGAACUCUUUUGAACUGUUUGAAUAUUUCACAUGUUUUCUUGAAAAUCUUGCAUUUAGACAUGGAUACUCAAUAUUGACCAUUUCUGAUACGUCAAGAUGGAAUAUAAAGAUAGAACCCUUAUUUAAGAUUGGGUAGGGGGUACAGCAUAUACAUUUGUUUUCAAUUGGAAUUUUUGCAACUCUGUGAUGCAGAUAACUUUCCAUCUGAUUUCAAAUUGUUAGCCGAAUUAACUUUUCAGAUUGUAGCCACAUUCCCCCUCUGUCAGGAAUAAUAUUGCCCCUCUAACUACCCCUACAAUUAAGACUCUAAUGUCGCAAUUUACAUUCCUGUAUAGAAUUCAUCAUGGAUUUUUAAUGAGGAUCUAUGGAGAAUUCUGCAUUUUGCCAAAAAAAAAAACAAGGAACUGAAAUCAUCUCAGUUUUUACAUAAAAAUCCUUGAUAUGGAUUCUUUUUAUUUUAAAUGAUUGCU